CGAGCGCAGUGCGGGGGUGCCAUUGGAGCCCCGGGGUCACGCGUUAAAUAACUCGCUCUGAAAGAAGAGCAGAGGUGUAGAGGUGCCGGCAUGUGCCUGUUCCAGAUACAGCUGGUGUUCCCUUCCAUUAUUUAUCCAGGAAACAGCAGGCCCGUACUCCUGCAGCUUUUCUUUCCAAGCCACUGCUCCAGGCAGCCUGUGUGGCGUUUCGAGUUAAAUGUGUUAAAGCAGACUGCGUUACUGCGUCACAGGUAGGCCCUGUGCCCCACCUGUGAAUGCCUGCUUAAUGCACAAGGGCCUUUCUCUGCUCCGAGAACUCGCCGUGGAAAGCAGACGCGUGGGUUGGUUCCAGGCACUUGAGAACACUUUGUUAGGGAAAAGGUCAGGCCGUCUGUUUGUUCAGACUCUGUCACAGAAGAGCAAAAAUUAUCAUGCCACUGUAUGAGUUGGUGGUGGCCUGGUACACUUAGUACCUUGUGCAGUUCCGAUUAUCGCUGAUCCAGAAGGGUUUAAUAGACCUCUGUGAGGCCAAGGAUAAGGUCUAAGGACUCAGGCACUCUUUAGUGAGGUAUUGAAUAUCUUCCAUAUGGGUAGGAGUAACUGAAUAGACCUGAAAGAGGAUACAGAUGGAGAGUGAAACAGUAAGGGGAAGGUAUGAGGAGAAACACAUAGAAUUAUCUAAUCAGAAAACAAAUUAAGAACAAAAGGAAGUACUUUGCCACAAAUAAUAAAACUUGUUGCCUCAGGAUGAAGACAGUAUAAUUGGGUUCAAAAAGGAUUUAUUCAAAUGUAUGGAAAAAAGAUUCAUUAUCAUUGCUUGGAUUCUGCCUCUGUCUCCUCAGGAAAUCCCAAAACAGCUGACUGGUUUCUAGAGCUUGCAGAAUGAAAGACAAUUCUACAGAAGUACUUUCUUUGUGUACUCCAUUCUAAACAUCAAAACUAGCUACUUCAGAAUCAUUUCAUAUUUCAAAAAGCUUUUUUUCUUCCUUCAAAAUCAGAAACAAAAGACCCUAGGCUAGUGGUAAAGCACAGCCUUACAUUAUUAAACUAGUGUAGAUGCUAUAGUUUCAAAUUGUACUCAGCAACAUUUGCACUGGGUGUCCAACACAGAUACUUUGGAUGGAGUGAGACAUUGAGGCUAAAUGACUUCAGCACAUGAAUUGCUGGUUGCAAGAACAAUAUAAUUACAGCCAGUACAUCAGGUUUGAAGAAGCAGCUGAAGGAUACAUUAUAGACCUUUAGGUACAUAAAUCACAUAAUUCAUCAAUUGAAUAAGAGUUACCGUAACUCUAGUAUUGGAAUGAGGGAUUAUGCGCAUGCUUUUAUUUUUUUUUACCAGUUCAGAAACACUUAAGAAUUAACUUCCAUUUUUAGAAGUGGUGUCUAAUUUAGUUCAGCUGUUUAUUUUGAAUAAAAAAAGAAUAUGAAUGAAUGAAUAAAAAGCAAAUCACCAAUUCUGUAACCCGCUAUUACAGACUGCUACAAACAGAUGGGCAAGGUCUGUGCUGUUUUUGGAGGAUCCCGUGGGAUAGGCAAAGCUGUGGCAGAGCUCCUGGCGCAGAAGGGCUGCCGCCUGGCCAUCAUUGCUAGGAAUCUGGACGUGGCCCAGACCACUGCCCAUAACCUUGGUGCAGGACAUCUGGCGUUUCGCUGUGAUGUAUCCAGUGAACAAGAAGUCCAAAAGACUUUUGAGGAGAUGCAGAGGAAUUUGGGUCCUAUUAACUACAUGGUUAAUGCAGCUGGGAUCAACAGGGAUGGUUUGUUACUGAGAACCAAGACUGAAGAUAUGAUAGCCCAGAUUCACACGAACCUGUUGGGAACAAUGUUGACAUGCAAAGCCGCUGUAAAGGUCAUGAUUAAACAGCAGGGAGGUGCUAUUGUCAAUAUAGGGAGUAUUGUAGGACUUAGAGGCAACUCUGGUCAAAGUGUGUAUAGUGCUACCAAAGCUGGAGUGGUUGGAUUUUCAUGCUCUCUUGCUAAAGAAGUAGCAAAAAAGCAAAUUCGAGUCAAUGUUGUUGCUCCAGGCUUUAUUCACACAGAGAUGACAGCUCAUUUGGAAGAAGAUCAGUUGAAGAAAGCAAUUCUCCUUGGAAGAUUUGGAGAGCCUCAUGAAGUUGCACAAGCUGUUGUCUUUCUUCUAGAAUCCCCAUAUAUUACAGGGAGCGUUCUGGUUGUAGAUGGAGGCUUGCAGCUUAUGACCUAAGUAAUACCUUGAAGAAAUGACUGCUUUAAUGUGAUGAUGAUAAUAUAUAAAUAUGUACUAAAUAAAGGGAGAGGGUUGGAAAUCGUUUGAAGAUUGAUGUACAUAAUUGACUUGGUCUUAUUUAGUCAGAAGAGAAAUUCAGCAGCAGCGAAGGGCAACAUGUGUGUUUAGCUGCCUGAAAGAGUCUGUUUGGUAUUACAAAGCCUGUGUAUGUAACAAUUUGAAAAAGAUCUGGUUUUGAUACGGUGGUAGCUUUAAUAAUGUGCUGAUACGUUUUUAAAGCACUGUAUUUUUAUAAAGUCCUGUUUUCUAAUUUGGGAUAAAAUGAGAUUUUAUUUGAAUUAUCAUGUUACACAAAGGUUAAUAAAGUGCAGAGACAUGUUUAUUGGGUGGCAGGUAUGAUUGCAUCAAGUUUUUCAAGUAGGGCAAAGAUUGUGAACUGCAUAGUUUUGCAUUCUUAUCAGUUAGUCCCUACAAAGUAGCAAGGAGUUUCCUUUGAGCUUUGUUUGUUUGUACCUGACACUACAAAGCUAGGAACUUCUGGAUCUUCAGCAUACCUGAAUUACCUUUAGAAGAUUUAAUUAUAUGCAAUGUGUUUUCAUAAAGACAAAGCCUACUCAGGUCCAUUCCUGAAUGUAGGUACAGCACUCUCUCAAUCCAGUGGCUCUUGAGUGUGCCCAUCGAAGGACUGCUAGAGCACUGGAGCAUAUUCUCAUAUGCUCCAUAUUCUCUCAUAUUCUCAUAUUCCAUCUGAAUCCUCUCAUACUCUCAGCCUGAGCUGCACACACACUGCUGAACACUGCAGCUGCAGACCGUGCUGUUUAAGACACUUUGCAAGGACUCAGUAGACGUUUAGAAUAUGUAUCACUUCCAGAGUAUGAAGUAUGAAGGUGUUGUAUGUUGUGCUCUGUAUCUUCAUGAACACUGUUCAGCUGUUGAUGAUCGCUCAUAUGCAUGUAUAGUCAAUAAAAUAGCCAUUUAUUUUAUUCAAAGCAA